CUCCACUGCCACCAGAUGUCCCUUUGGACUUAUCCGCAGUCUUUGAGCUUGCAGAGUCAUUCUCUGCGGAUAUGGAUGAAAAUAUUGAAGACAUUGAUUGCGCAGUACUGGUCAUAUUUCCAUUAGAGCUCAAUUUUGGAAGUGACAUACGCAAAGGCUUUCCGAAGGAGAAGCUGGGUGUUGGGUUCGCUGUGGUCGCUCCCCCAAAUGUGGUUGAAGAAGGGUUUGUAGAUCCAAGAGCAGAUGAAGAAAAGCUAGCAAAAGAAGAUGGGAGAGAUGGUUUUGAGCUCAAGUUGAAGGGAGCCGUCGAGGAAGUGGAGCUGCUUGGAAGUUUGAAAGUAAAACCAGUUGAGGGAAGUGAAGGUAACGCGGGCACAAGCUUUUUAGUGAGAGAGGUAUGUCAACACGACAAAAUAGAGCGAAUUCAAGCAUUAGUAGGUAAGGAACUCACAGGAGGUAUACUUGAAGUACUCGAGCUACUGACUCCUGUAGGAGCUGGUGAUGGUGCUGGGCUGCCAGAACCUCCUCUCCGUUUAGGCAUUGGCCGUAUAUUCCUCUUCGCUAGUUCAUUCUCACUAGCGCGCUUGAAACCUCCAGAGACUUCCUACUCGAGCCCAAUUGUCCAGAGUAUCACGGUUGGCGAUUGGAGCCAUUCAAUAACGAAAUUGGCGGCAGUUCUAUCUAAAAAACCCGAUAUGCCGCGCACAACACGACGCACAGACGCGUCUGCUUCCCCGGACUAUGGAUCAAACUAUGAUGACGAGCCCACCGUGAUAGACCGCGUUGGGGCGACUGGUGCUGUUGCAUUGAACAAAGCGGAAUCCACCCUUGCAAAAGUUUGGCACACUGUCAGGCACUAUAUCCCUCGUGCUCUCCUCAACAGGGAACCAAAAGUGUACUACUUGUUGUUCUACAACUCUCUUACUUUUAUCCUUUGGUCCUAUCUUCUCCUGCUCGUCACGGCUCACCUCUCGACGCCUCCACCACCAGCGACGGUCCUCAACCCUUCGCCCGGUCCAACUCUCAGCGCGAGCACUGCCAGUGAGACGCUUGCCGGUUACCUGAAGAAUAUUUUCACGCCUUUCAAGAAUAUCAAGACGACUGCGAGUGGCUUCGCCUCUAUGGCUCCUCCAAAGCAAAGCACCUUGCAAAAGUCCACACAUUUCAUCGGCGCCAAAUUGCAUGCGUUGAGAGAGAGGAGCUACUCUACAUAUAGCGAACGCGGAAUCGGUGUUUAUACGAUCAUUAUUCAAAACUUGGCUAUCCUCGAAGUCCUCCACUCAUACUUGCGCCUCGUUAGGAGUCCUCUCCAAACUACUGUGAUGCAAGUGGCCAGUCGUCUCAUCGUUGUAUGGUGGUACGUCGAGUCGCAACCAGCGGCUCGCACUUCCUCUUUCUACUCCUCCAUGCUCAUUGCUUGGUCGUUUGCUGAGAUGAUCCGCUCUCUGUAUUACAUUGCUUCGCUCCUCAAUCUUAUCCCACCCCAACCUACCACUUCUCGUCCGGUAGCAAUCGCAAUCAACGUCCUUACCACGAUUCGUUAUACUGCCUUUUACGUGCUCUAUCCUUUAGGAGCCGGAAGCGAGUAUGCUCUCCUCCUCAAGGGCUUCCCAUCUUUUCCAAGCAAGAGUGCUGCUUUAGCUCGAAAGAGUAGCUGGGCCGCUCUGAACAAUGGACGGGGUCUUCCAGCUUGGCGAGUCGCUUUCGCCCGUGUAAGUGCAUGGAUCGCAAGUUGGGAUGCUGGAGCUUGGCUUAGA